AUACCACAAUUGCGCACCUAAUUAAUGGCACAUCGACUUCAAAUAGUGACAUUCUUUUAAAAUCGUUUGUCACUCAAAAGAUCUGAUUAGAAUUUGAGUGAAUUCUAAAAUGUAUGGAGUAGUGAAUGAAGACUUUAUGAAGAUUCAUAUUUGUGCCCCGAUGGAUGUGCUGCUACUGCUUGCAACAUUUAAAUUAUAGCUAAUGAAGGAAUCUUUUCAAACCCUAUUUCAAGCAGCCCUUAUAAUAUUGUAAUGACAAUAACAACAAUAGGAUUUGCCAUGUAGCAUUUUCACUGCCUUUUAAUAUUUUCUGUUAAUAUUUAUCUGUAAAAAGAAUAACAUUAGAGCUAGAAUUCAUUGACAUAAUAUUAUGGGACCAAGCAUCUUAAUACCUUUAUUGUUACCUUGAUUUUGAUUCCUCUUCAUUUGGAAUUCUCAUUCUUCAUUCUCUGAUGAACACUUCACUUCCUAAUUUAUUAUUUAUUAAUAGUCUCGUUUUACUGACAUCACUCAUGUGCUUGCUGUCGAACAAAAUAUUAGAACGUGCUGGUUUGGAGGAGUCAUGGAUUUUGCGUAGGUUUCAGUGUGCAUUGGUGUGCAAAUAUGGAAAGGUAAUAAACUUGCUUAUCGGGGCAUAUAAUGCAAGUGCUUUGUAUUCUCUCUUGCUCUCUCACACACACUUAUAUGCUCAAGAGAUUUCAUGACACUAAAGCGUUGUUUAAACCACACAAUCAGUGUGUUCCUUACAUUUGCUGAAUCUGCAUCUUUUGUGAUGUAAUUAUUGCUGACCUUUGGUUUAUAAUAGUGAUGUACUCACGCACACACAAAUUUGUCUUGCUAUCCUUGUGAGGACCUCCCAUUGACAUAAUUAUUAAUUGAGCUAUUUUUUUUUUUUGCUAUACCUAACCCGAACCUCAGUAACCAAAAGGAAACUCAUUAGCUCUUAAGCUCACCUGUAGUUAUUUGUCUAAAUUAACCUCCUUGACAUCAAAGUAGUUUCAUUUCAGUGUUCAGAGAUUCAGAUAUUUAAAAAUUUUCAGAAAAAAUUAUGCAUCUAUAUUCAAAUACUUUUUUUAGGGUUCAAUAAUUCAGUAAUCUGAGGCUCAAUUUAUCUUUGCCUGUACCUGGGUAAUGUUAAAAAAACCGUUAAGCAUCUUUGGCAGAAAAACCUGUAUUUGAAUAUAGAUGCUUUUAAAAUGUGAAUCUCUGAACACUGACUAAAUAAUAAAAUAAAUAAUAAACAAAAUACAGAUGAAUACAGAUGUGUGAUUUACAAAGUAUUAUAUUUCAGUGAUAUGAAUUCAGUGGUGUUCAUGUUUUGUUUUUUUUUGCUGCACAGAACCACAAGCAUUGGUCAAGACCUUGUAAACAUGAUUGUUGUUUUGUUACUUUAACAAGUCACUAAGGUUGUUUCAAAAUCAUCUCCGGUGUCUCUUUACAUUCAGAAUGGCCUUGGACAUUUAAUUUCAGCACAAAGCUCAUCUUAUAGCGGUAUUUGGUUCUUUUUUUAAACUGCCGGUGUAAUGCAAGCCGUUAUUCCAGCGUCCCUGCAUACUGCUGCCUUUGCUAUUUCUGACGUUGAUCGAUGAGGCUGCUAGAUAACACCUUUUAUUGUGUUUCUUCUUCAAACAGACUUGGAGAUUAUCAGCAUGAUGAGCAUGUUGCAGGAAAUGAUAUCUCUGUAGGGAAUGUAUGACCAGUUAGGUCAUGAUCGGAAGAGAAACGAGAGCCUCCAAGCCAAGAAACCAUAUUUUACCCUGAAAGACAUUAAAUAUGUUUAGAUUGCAAUAUUUGUGAUGUGUUUAGAGGUGGUGGUGAUAAUUUGUUGGUUGGUGCUGUAUUUGUUAUUCCUGUGAGAAGUGAGCAAUUGUGUGCCACACUGACAUCGCAGGCGGAUAUUUUGAUUGCUAGCGCGGUUACAGCUGUGUAAUAGGGUUUCACUGUUACCUCCUAAAGAAAUGAAAAAAGAGCAACCGCUUCUUUUCUCAUUCACCAUUUUCCAGUGAUGUUCAACAUCAUAUUAGAAAUCCAGCAUAGAAAUAGUGGAGAUGUUGGUGCAAACGUUGGACUCAGUCUCAGAAUGCAAUGCAGCUAUAAAACGAAGUUGAACCUCGGCUCGGCUAGUUAGCGAUUUACGAGAUGAAGAACAUGAUGGCGUUGAUGCCAGUAUUAGCAUGAGAGUUGAAGCUUUGUAAGCUGAUCUGUUUGAGCAGAGUGUACAGAUAAGGAGGUGAGAAAGCCGGACAGAUUAAAGCAUUAAAGCGCCACUGCAUCGCUCUCUUUAGGUAGAGAUGAAGCGACGGCUAAAUCCCACUGCACCCUAUCAGCAGGUAGUUGAAUAGCAUUGGGAGUAAUGUAGGACCUGAAAAUUGACAAUGUCCAUGAAAGAUAUUUAAAGCCAGAAUUUCAAUGCUGCAUGCUGUUGAAGAUCAUAUGUUAAUCAUAAAGGUGAAUAUGUGAGUCAUUCAGGGUGGAGUUUUCCUUUAAAACAAUAACUAACUCUUAACCCAAUCAUGGAUUGGGUUAAUCUGUCUAUCUGUGCGAGUGUGUUCAGGUUGCUUACACAGGCUGUGUGUAACUCCCUAGGGUGUAAGGUUCAGUCUCCAACUCCACCUUGCAGACGUCACUAGCACACAAACAGCAAAGCUGCGGCAUCACAGCAGCAGCUUUCAGAAACCGGAGGAAACUUCAUCCUCAACUGCACCAGAUAAAUCUCUCUCUCUCUCUCUCUCUCUCUCUCUCCCCCCCUUUCUCCCUUCUGUUUCCCUCUCCCUCCCUCCCUUUCUCUCUUCCUCUUCUCCCCCGCCCAUGUAGUGUGGAAUAAAAAACUCUGCCUCUCUCGUUUAUGCAUCAAUAGCGCUUCUGCUGCCUCCAGCUGCUCGGACACGCCACGUUUUCCUUCUGUGAUCUCCAAAAACACGGCGCCACAUGGAGAAAGGAGCAGAGCCGCAGCUGAAAGGGAUUGUGACCCGGCUAUUCAGCCAGCAGGGCUUCUACCUGCAGAUGCAGCCGGAUGGAACCAUUGAUGGCAGCAAGGACGAGAACAGCGACUACACCCUUUUUAACCUCAUCCCGGUCGGACUAAGGGUGGUGGCCAUCCAGGGCGUGAAGGCUGGCUUUUAUAUUGGCAUGAAUGGAGAAGGCUUUCUCUACAGCUCGGAAAUGUUCACUCCGGAGUGUAAAUUCAAGGAGUCUGUGUUUGAGAACUACUAUGUCAUCUACUCAUCCACCAUGUACCGGCAGCAGGAGUCGGGCCGGGCCUGGUUUUUGGGCCUUACGAAAGACGGCCAAGUCAUGAAGGGCAAUCGUGUGAAGAAAACCAAGCCCUCCUCACACUUCCUCCCCAGGCCUAUUGAAGUCUGCAUGUACCGGGAGCCUUCGCUGCACGAGAUCGAAGAGAAGCAUCGCUCCAGGAAAAGCUCAGGAACUCCGGCCAUGAACGGAGGCAAAGCGGUGAACCAGAACUCUACAUAGCAGGACCUGGACAUGCAAAAAAUAAUCACACACACACAGAAACACACACGCAUCGCCCGCUGAAAAGAACAAGCCUUCGGAAAAACACCACAGAACUCACGCUCAACCGAUACGACGAAGUCUUGCCUGUGAAAAUUGUUAGACGACAUCGGAGGAGGUGGAGGGGCUCGAAGCUACAAACGUAAAGCCACAAAUCAGGACUCAAACUCACAUUUUAUGCAAUGAUGACAGGGCAGUAAGUCGAUCGAGUCAUGAGUCAAGAAUUGUUUUGAAUUAAUACUGUGUAAAGAAAAGCGAGCUUUAAAGCUCUCUCGUGUGUUAGGAUAAUCGCUGAAUGCUUUUCCACCUCCUCGUGUAUUAUUGGUAUUGAAGACAAUAAUAUCUUCUCUUUCUCCAUUUAUUCUCCUGGUUUUUAUCCAGACUGCACAUGUUUAAACAAAUCUCAUUAUUAUUAUUAUUAUUAUUAUUAUUAUUAUUAUUAUGAUUAUUAUUUAACUUGCUUAUCAUUGAAUGCACUUUUACUGAAGUGAACCUAUAUGAAUCUACAGUGGUGUCAGUUUAUGACUGUAUUAUAAUUGUACUUAAAAAUUGGUCUGCAGGUUAUGAGGAGGACUUUGGGGUGUUUUUUUGGUCUUCCUGGACGCAAAAGCAGGGUCGCAGCUAGCUUGUGAGACGGCUUCAGCUGCAGGCAUCACGUUUGUUUGUUUGUUUAUUCAUUCCACGAAGAGCUACUGUCCAUAUUUUCUUCGCAAAAUCAUUUUGAUUUGAGUGCAGAUUUGCGUGAGAUGCUGCUCUCUGCCUGCUUCAACCUGGAACAAACUCAACAACGUUUUAAUGCAAGGACACCUGUCUGUAAAUAGCCACAAUUUGGAUUUCAUUCCCAAUUCUUCCUAGAAUUCUCCUAAUCCCAGAUGAGUACUUCUGAGCUGGAGAAAAAAAUAAUAAAACUUCGCUGAGCCAGCAUAUGCCUCAACCGACGGCGAAAUACCUCUUCUCCCAAGCAUUCUCCAACUCAGGAAGCCCUAGUCUAAAAAGGUCUAGCAAUUUUUUGCCACCCCACUCGCCCUGUCUGGGCCAAAGCACAAAGACUGGCCUGUAGGCUGUAGGUGUGGAUGGGGGUGGGGUGGAAGGGGUUGUUUGGGUGUCACAAACAAGCUCAGUUCCAGCGAAAAAAGUUUCUCAGUUUGAGAAAGCUCCGUGCGCUAUUCACCAGUCUUCCACUAGGGGCAGCAGUGAGAGCUGAACCCGAGAGUCUGCCGCAAAGAGGUGACGAAAACAUUUUUUGCAAAGGACUCAAAACGCAUGAAUCAGGAAUGCUGUGUUUCUUCUUAACCUAGAGUAGACAUGGGGGAUUAUGUGUGUGUGUGUGUGUGUGUGUGUGUGUGUUUUGGGGGGUGGGAUUUGGAGAACAUGAAAUAUGAGCAAGUAACUCUCUCUAGACAGUUCCUGAAAGGUGAGGAAGAGGCUUUAACAAAACUGUGGGGUUUUGUGUUUUUUUUUUGUUUGUUUUUUUUUUUUUCAUUUUCUUUCUUUAUUUUUUGCUGUGUAAAAACAGAACUUUAUUUUUCACGUUUGCAGAUGUUUUCACCUUACCGAAACACUAUCAUAUAAAUAUUAAUAUGCAUUAUGAAUUAUUAUGAGAUGUACAAAAAAUAUGCAUUGAUAUUAAGAAGAAUGAUGUUAGAGAUUGUUUAAGAAUAAAGGUAUGAUACUAAGCUUU